CGACUCUGGACAACAAGGAGACUCAUCUUGAUUUGACAGUUUUUAGGAGGGGUUGUAUUGUUUUGUUAGAGCAAUUGAAGAAAAUUUCACCACAAAUUAAUGCAUGGGUGAGAAACGAAGCAAUUAAGUUGGCGGCUGAUUGGAAGAGUAAGAUGACAGUAUCUAGUGAGAAUGCACAAGAGAUUUGGGGGUUUUUGCGGCUUGUUGAUGCGUAUGGAUUGAGUUCAAUGUAUGAUGUGAGAGAGCUUCAAAGCCUUCUUGGUGUUGUUCAAAAGCCUAAACAAGCAUCUCAAUUAAGUAGGGAUCUUGGUAUCAAAGAUAAUGCACUUGGGACCAGCAUCAUAUCAUCCCUUAUCAAGACAGAGGAACCAGAAUCUUCACUGGCUAUAAAUGCUGCAACUCUCUCUUUUCCGAAUUCGUCUUCCCAGAAUGACAUGUCCGCUUUUCUUUCAUUGGUCUCUGACCCAGCAGCACAUGUCUUGAAUGGAGUGCGUGGAUCAUUUUCUCGUUACUGGACAAAUGAAGAUGUUCGUUUCAAAGAACAUAUUAUGUUGAAUAACAUGGCUUGGUUCAAGUGUCUAACGGUUGUCUCACGGCAUAUUGAACCUCAAGUGAAAGAAGAUGCAAAACAUCUAGCAGCCGAAUGGAAAGCAAAGAUGAUAGGCAAUACUGAAAAUUCAGUUGGGACUUUAGGAUUUUUGAUGUUUAUAUCUACAUAUGGCUUGGUUUGUUCAUUGGAUACAGAGGAGACUAUAAACCUUCUUGGGGUGGUAUCUCAGAAUAAGCGGGCUUUAGAUUUUUGUCACACACAUGGUUUUGCAGAAAAGAUCGCUGAUUUUAUUCGGAAUCUGAUAGAAAGGAAGCAAGUGAUGGAUGCUAUUGGAUUUAUUUGCACCUUCAACUUAGCAGACAAGAUCCCUGUAAUACCACUCUUAAAACAAUAUGUGGAGGAUGCAAAGAAGUGUUCAGAAGUAACUUGGAGCUUAAAGGAACUUCAUGAGGAAAAGGUUAAGAUUGUAGACAACCACAUAAGUGAUCUAAGAGCUGGAAAGCAAUGCAUCCAAGAAUACAGUCUCGAGUCCGAAGACCCAUAUGCAGACAUUGACAUGCAAAUAGCUCAGCUGGAAAUACUGAAGGAUAAUUGGAGACGCUCGGCACCAACUCUUGGCUCCAAUAUUGCUGAAUCACAAGUGCAGAGAAAAAGAAAGAAGCCUAAUACUAGUAGUUUUGCCUGUGAAUUUCCAUCACAACAGUAGCAUAAACUAAUAGUAGUGUUUGGUGCUACUAGACCCUAGCAGAUGAAGUUGCCACACAGUGUCUCUUUUGGAUGAAGCUAGUAUAUAUCCUAGUGAGAAGUGAGAACGUGUUCCAUUUCAUUAGAUGGUGCUUUCGAACACGGAACAAGACGGGAAGGUCUUGCAGG